CUCGGCUUAAGUCUAUUUUGUUAGGUCGUAAACAAAAAAGACCCGCAGAUUUUAAUGUUGUGAAAUUCCUCAAUUCAAAUUAAUUAUAUUUUGUAAACAUGUCAUUGGCUAAAUACUUAAAUCGCUCAGUGGGCAAAGUCGGCAAAGAUGCUGCGUCGAGAAUCUGUACAUUGAAACCGAUGGAGGCCGAGCACAGUGCCAUAAAAUUGACGAACGGUGAGAAUGUUGUUGGUCGCUGCAAGGAAACCGGCAUACGAGAUUCCCGAUGUUCCAAGAAACAACUGCAGCUGCAAGUUGAUUUAAACCGUGGAAGUAUUCAACUAAAGGUAUUGGGUCUCAAUCCUUGUGGGGUCAAUGGAGUUAUGGCCAUGCAACACACAGAAUGCGAGCUGAAGCAUGGAGACCUUUUGGAAAUUGUUUACGGGCGGCAUCCGUACGAAGUAAUCUUUAAUCCUAUACCAAAAUCCGAAAAUGACAACAUGGAAAUUGAAGAAUCCAUGUCGAGAGCAGCUGCUAGUGAGGAGGAGAGAUGGGAUUCAGCUGCCAAUGGUGAAUUGGUAAUCUUCAGUAGCGCCGGCUUGCAAGCUUCCAAUAAAAUUGCUGGUUACGACAUGGAUGGCACCAUUAUUAAGACAAAGUCUGGCAAUGUAUUCCCCAAGAACACCGAAGACUGGCAAAUCAUAUUUCCCGAAGUUCCCGAGAAGCUCCAACGGCUGCAUAAAGACGGAUUCAAGAUAUGUUUCUUCACAAAUCAAGCUGGCAUAGCACGCGGCAAAGUAGAUCUCAACGAUUUCAAGUUAAAAGUCAAAAACAUUGUUAAGAAAUUGAAUGUGCCUGUGCAGGUCUUCAUAGCUAUUGGUAGUGGUUACUAUCGGAAGCCAUUGCCAGGCAUGUGGGAGCAUUUAAAAAACGAAAUGAAUGACAAUGUAACUAUAAAAGUAGAACGUUGCUUCUUUGUUGGCGAUGCAGCUGGAAGACCUGAAACCGGCAAAGGAGUCACCAAGCAACGCAAGGAUCAUUCCUCUGCAGAUCGCCUCUUUGCUGCCAAUAUUGGAGUCUCCUUCUACACACCCGAGGCUCAUUUUCUCGGCAAACGCGUGGAGGAAUGGAACAAGCCUGAGUUCGAACCCAGCAGUGUGCACGAUCAAAUUGAUCAGUUCGAGCCAAACGAUGCACAGUUCGACACAAAUAAAUGUGAAAUGAUUAUCGUAGUCGGUCUUCCCGGCUCUGGCAAGAGUCACUUCUGUGCUGAGGCUCUCGCUGGUAAAGGCUACAAGAUCGCAAAUGCAGACACCUUGGGAAGCACACAGGCUUGUCUCUCCGCCUGUCAGCGUGCUCUGAAAGAGGGUCAGUCUUGUGUGGUGGAUAAUACCAAUGUGGAUGUGGCAUCACGUAAAAAGUUUCUGGCACUGGCUGCGGAAUUGAAAAUUCCAUGUCGUUGCUUCGUGAUGAAUGUCACACCAACGCAGGCGAAACAUAAUAUAGCUUUUAGAGAUCUUCUGGACACUGGACACUCGUCAAUCAGUGACAUGGUCUUCAACAUGAUGAAGAAAAAGUACCAAGCACCAACAUUAGACGAGGGUUUUGCCUCCAUUCACAAAGUUAAUUUUAAGCCGCACUUUUCCAAUGAUAAGGAUGAGAAGCUAUAUAGAAUGUAUUUACUUGAGAAGUAAGCUAAUGACUUUAAUCUAAUGUAAAUAUUCGCUUGGCAAUGUCAUCUAUAAGCCAAUCCAUUGAACUUAAAAGUUUUUCUCCUGUUACUGCGCUAACUCCAACUACCAACCAGUGAUGUGAUGUAAUGUCCUCUAAACUUAAUAUCUGUAAGUCACAAAAUUUUAAUAAAUAAUUACUCGUCCAUUGUUUGUUAU